AGUUAUCGCCUAUAACACUCUUGUGUUGCCAAGUAGCUCAAGGAAAACGUUUGCUGGAAAAUCAUCGACAAAAAUGAUAUUGGAGCAGUUAAUACACUCUUGGGUCCUGCCUUUAUGUUCUUGGAUAGCUGAUUGUUGUGUUUGUUGUAAAAGUGAUAAUGAAAAUACGAACACCACAUCAUACUCCAAUAUAGGGAAUGCUACAUUGGAUUCUAACGAUGAAAACACUAAAUCAAAUUGCAAUGAUGAAACCGCAUCAUCAAAAUUUAAAAAAUGUCUAAUUAUAUUCGGCACAUCUGUUGAAGCAACUAGUUGUUUACUCGCCUUUGCCGUCUUAAUCACUGUGAUUUGUGGACAAAUUGUGUAUUUGGACCAGCUUACAACCGACCGAUGUGCAGGUACUGAACACCUUUUAACCAAUUUUUCCGCACCAACUUCUGUUCUUUCAGCACGAGCAGCAGGAGAAUCAUUCGAAGCAUUCUUCCUUAAUUUAUGGUUUCCUUUCACUAUGGUGUUGCUGUUGGGAUGGAAAAAAGCUAAAAACAUUCAUAUAAGCAAUCUUGUUAUUUGUGUUAUCACGGGUAUUAUUGCUGUGAUUUACAAGGUAUGCUUGUACAUAAUCUUUGAUGGUGAUAUUACUGGAUGGUGGAAAAGAUCAAUUUCAGCUGGUAUAAUGUUAAUUGGCAUCAUCAUUAGUUGUUGUCGCAUUGCAUCAUAUCAGGCAUCGCCAGAAGUUAAUAAAAUUUGGAAUCGUCGGAAAAAAAUGUUGUUAACAAUUGGACUGAUUUUCUGUUUUGCUGCACUGUUCGCUUUUGUUUAUGCAGAACUUUUUGUCCCCUGGUUUAAUAAUCAGUCAAGUGAUUUUUUAAAAAUCUUGGUUGCUGCCAUGGUUUCUUUAAUAGCAACACUUCCAGUGGCCAUAAGUAAAUACAUAGUGCUUGUUCCUCUUAAAAAUAUCAUCGACGUUAAUCCUUCACGAUCAUAUAUUUUGGUGUAUUUUAAUCACGUGAUACCCAUUGCUCUUUAUCGUGUCAUGCAAUCGGAUGUAAAACAUUUUGGGUACUUUAUACUGUUUUCUUUUUUACAAGGACUUAUCGAUAAUGUUACAAAGCUGACACGCAACUGUCGCAGCUAUUUGUUCAAAAGGCUUAUAAAAUGUUUGAAUAUAACACCCGUACCAUAAUGUGAAAAACAUAACAGACGAUUAGAAGCUCACAUCUACAUUCAGGAAGUCCUAUUUCAAUUUGAAAUGCUGAUCCUUGCUCAGUUAUAUACGAUCUUUUAUCGCAUGGACACGUUUCAGUCAUAUUCUUUUGAUAGAUCAAGUUUGCUUCGAUUAUUUGUUGGUCUUUUAAUGGAGUUUAUACUUGCUUGUCUUUCAACAAGAAUUCUGAUUUGGCAAGAAGGCACCAAGAUCAAGCUUAUUUUGAAAAAACACUGGAUUUGCCAUGUGCUUGCAAAUGGUUUGGUAACGAUGACAACAGUUUUUUACUUCUCUCCCGUCAUCAUUAACAUAUAUAAAUUUCGUUUUGCAACAGCCGAUGGCGUGAAAGAUUUGCAACAUUGCAAUUAGGAGUUCAUACAAAACGAUAUUCUAAACACGUCAACAUUUUUACAAAAUAAAUUUCAUUAAAAUUUCUCUAAUUGAUAUAUUUGAACUGCACAAACAAUUAUAAUCCAUAAAACUUUCGAGUUUAGUUGAGUCCAGUUCUGGACAAUCCUUACUUUUCUUUUGUCCGAUCAGACAUUUAGAUUAAACAACCAAAAUGUAAGGAUAGUCCAGACAAACAUUGGGAACGUCAUGUGUUAUCAGAUUCCUUUGAUUUUGAUGACCCUAAUUGUAUUUCUCUCCUGUCAUUCUCACAAAAACGAGUCAUAUUUUUGUAAAUAAAUCGCACAUUUCACCUAACUGUAUCAGUAUAUAUAUAAACUGAUCUUUUAUGCUUUAACAUACCGGUGACAUAUUCUUGUUUCAAUUUAAUAAUUUCUUCAAAUAAAUAUUUAGAUAUAGAUAAUACGAACGCAUCCAUCAGCAUAUUAGAAAUUCUCUUGCACUCUCUUGCACUGUAAACUUUAAAUUCAAAAACAUUAAAUGUGAUUUAUUUCAAUAAAAAGUCAUGCAGCAGUUAUGCUUUGUAAAUGAUCACUCUCUUUUCGUUAUUGAGAUAAUUAUAAACUAUUUCCAAAUGACAUUACGUCAUGUAAUGUAAAUAUAGCACAUAUAUCAUAUAUAUAAAAAGAAAAUUGCGUCAUACUUAUAACUAGCUUCCAGACAGUAUAUAAGCACUGAACAGUUUGAGCAAAGAUUAUUAUCAUCAUUAUUUAGAGAUAUUCAGUAAUAUGAAGGAUACCGAACGCUCGUGAUAUUUGGCUCUUUGUUGUUGGCCGUAUCGUCAUAAUUAUUUGAGGACAGAGAUAAGUUGAAGACAUUGUCUGAGAAAAAAAGCAAUAUUUGUUAUUGUCGUAGACAGAUAAGUUAAUACUAUCCUUUUAUUUCUUUAUUAGAUUUCUUCAUUUAAUAAAUAAUAUAAAAUAAUUAAAGUCUUCUGCUCUUAAAUCUUUCUUGUUACCUGUGCUUGUUACCGUGAACAUAAGUUAAUAUAUCCUAUAGGCAAGUUUGCACAAAUGCAACAUUUCGUAUUUACCCAUAAUAGUUAAAUUUAUAUACACGAGUCAUGAUUGAAAUACAGAGACAUCAUCAAAGGACUUAAAAACGCCUUGAAAUGAUAUUAGGCGCUUUGCUAUCACAAUGAUGUUAUUUACAUAAUAGACAAGUUUUAAAUAUUUUAUGGGCAUUCAACUGAAGAAGUUAAGUCUGUUUAAAGAGUGGAUCUGUGCAAA